GGACAGGGCAGGCGCCGACCUACCUUCCUACCCCCGGCCCUCCAACCCGGAACUGUCCUCGGCUUCCUCGGGAAGGCUGUGGCGCCUGGCCCUGAGUGCAGGCCAGCGGGUUACAGACCCCGGGCAGAGAGACGCACUCGUCUUCAGGGGCCGCAAACCAAGUACAUACUUGGCAGGAGGUUGCACAGACUGGAAAGUACAGACGCCCUGGGCCCUGCUGGACCAUGGCGCCCCAGCGGAACGUGGUGAAGAUCGCCGUGCAGAUGCGUGACGCCAUCCCGCAGCUCAUCCAGCUGGACCAGGCAAAGCCCCUGGCCUCUGUGCUGAAGGAGGUGUGCGUUGCGUGGAACCUGGUUUACCCUGAGCGCUACGCCCUGCAGUUUGCAGAUGGGCACAGGAGAUAUGUCACUGAGAACAACCGCUCCGAGAUCAAGAAUGGCAGCAUCCUGUGCCUCAGCACUGCCCCAGACCUUGAGGCUGAGGGGCUGUUGAAUAGGCUGCAGACUGGGAAUCAUGAAGGGCACCGGGAAGCCCUGCGACUUCUCGUCCUGCUGGUCUCAGAUAUAACCUUCGCCCAGGAGGUCAUCAGCCGUGAUGGGCUUCAGAGACUAGGCACUAUCAUUGAGGAUGGGGACGACCUAGGAGAGGUGCUGGCCCUUGCACUGAGGGCCUUCUUGGAGCUCAUGGAGCACGGCAUGGUAUCCUGGGAGACAAUUGGCAUCCCCUUUGUUAGGAAGGUGGUGUAUUAUGUGAACAUGAACCUGAUGGAUGCAUCUGUGCAGCCCCUGGCCCUCAGGCUGCUGGAGAGUGUGACCUUGAGCAGCCCUGCCUUGGGUCAGAUGGUUAAGAGUGAGGUGCCACUGGAUAGACUGCUGGUACACUUACAAGUGAUGAACCAGCAACUGCAAACCAAGGCCAUGGCCCUGCUGACAGCCUUGCUGCAGGGGGCCAGCCUUGCUGAACGUAAGCACAUGCUUGACUACCUGUGGCAGAGAAAUCUUCGCCAAUUCAUCUAUAAGAACAUCAUCCAUAGUGCAGCACCACUGGGCGACGAGAUGGCUCAUCACCUGUAUGUACUACAGGCCCUUACGCUGGGGCUGCUGGAGCCACGCAUGCGAAUACCGCUGGACCCCUACAGCCAGGAACAGCGGGAACAGCUGCAGGCCCUGCGCCAGGCUGCCUUUGAGCCAGAGGGGGAGUCCCUGGGUAGUGGACUGAGUGCAGACCGUCGCCGUUCCCUCUGUGCCCGCGAGUUCCGCAAACUCGGCUUCUCUAACAGCAACCCUGCACAGGACCUAGAGCGCGUGCCUCCUGGCCUUCUGGCCCUGGACAACAUGCUCUACUUCUCCAGACACUCACCCAGUGCCUAUAGCCGGUUUGUGCUGGAGAACAGCAGCCGCGAGGACAAGCAUGAGUGCCCCUUUGCCCAGAGCAGCAUCCAGCUGACUGUGCUGCUGUGUGAGCUGCUACACGUGGGAGAACCCUGCUCCGAAACGGCCCAGGACUUUUCACCCAUGUUCUUCGGCCAAGACCAGAGCUUCCAUGAGCUCUUCUGUGUGAGCAUCCAACUGCUGAAUAAGACCUGGAAAGAGAUGCGGGCCACACAGGAGGAUUUUGACAAGGUCAUGCAAGUGGUGCGGGAGCAGCUCGCCCGCACGCUUGCCCUGAAGCCCAGCUCCCUGGAGCUCUUCCGAACCAAGGUGAAUGCGCUCACCUACGGGGAAGUGCUGCGGCUGCGGCAGACUGAGCGGCUCCAUCAGGAGGGCACGCUGGCCGCCCCCAUACUGGAACUACGGGAGAAGCUGAAGCCGGAGCUCAUGGGCCUGAUCCGCCAGCAGCGUUUGCUCCGCCUCUGCGAGGGGACAGUUUUCCGCAAGAUCAGCAGCCGGCGGCGCCAGGACAAGCUGUGGUUCUGCUGCCUGUCCCCCAACCACAAGGUUUUGCUGUACGGGGAUGUGGAGGAGGUUGCUGGCCCGCCCAUCCCUGAGAGCCUGCCUGAGCAGCUCCCUGUGGCAGACAUCAGGGCACUACUGACAGGCAAGGACUGCCCCCACGUCCGGGAGAAGGGCUCGGGGAAGCAGAACAAGGACCUCUAUGAGUUAGCUUUCUCACUCAGCUAUGACCGUGGGGAGGAGGAGGCAUCCCUCAAUUUCAUUGCCCCAUCCAAACGCGAGUUCCACCUGUGGACAGAUGGGCUAAGUGCCCUGCUGGGCAGUCCCAUGGGCAGUGAGCAGACCCGGCUGGACCUGGAGCAGCUGCUGACUAUGGAGACCAAGCUGCAGUUGCUGGACCUAGAGAAUGUACCCAUCCCUGAGCAGCCACCUCCUGUUCCCCCACCCCCCACCAACUUCAACUUCUGCUAUGACUGCAGCAUCGCUGAACCUUGACAGUGAGGUUGAACAACCAAGGGCCAUAGCUGCUACCACUGUGGUGGCCGUAGAGGGUGGAGGGUGGAAAAGCACAGAUAUCCUGACUAGCAGAGGCUGCAGCAGCAGAAAUAAAAGUCUGCCUGGCUCUUG